UUUAAUUCAGUUUGUGUGAUGUGUUCUCAGAUUAAUAUGGUGUCCGUGAAAAGACUAGGACUCGCCGGCUCCUGUACGUUCUCUAUCGGGCUUAUCAGUUACAGCCUAGGAUUUCCUUCUAUGCUGAAGUCGCAAGUGAAAUCUCAAGUUAGACUGAAGAAAGGGAGCGAAAUACGGGGUUUUUGGGAGAAACUUCCGCAGCCACUAGAUUUUAAUAUUUAUGUCUUUAAUGUAACAAAUCCCAAUGAGAUUGCAUCAGGAUCGAAACCGAUUGUCCAAGAAAUAGGACCCUUUCACUACGAUUUGUAUCGAGACAAGGAAAACAUCGUGGAUCGAGAGGAAGACGACACGGUCGAGUACAGUUUGCGACAAGUUUGGCACUUCAAUCAGGAGAGGAGCGUCAUGCCAGAAAAUGCGGAAAUCUAUACGUUUCAUCCUCUCAUGAUAGCGAUAACUCUGAUCGUUCAAAGAGACAGGCCAUCCACGUUGGGAGUAAUUAGCAAAGCGCUGGACAGUAUUUUCAAGAAACCCGAGUCGAUAUUUAUCAAAACUACCGUGAGAGAUUUGUUCUUUCACGGUAUAGUUUUCGAUUGCACAGGUAUAACAGAUUUCGCUGGGUCCGCAGUGUGCAACGCGAUGCAGGAAGUGGAACACGUAUUAAUCAAAGAGGAAGGUUUACGUUAUAGAUUCGGUUAUCUUGCUCGGACAAAUGGGAGCCUCUUAUCGAACCGCAUAAGAGUGUACCGCGGAAUUAAGAAUAACGAAGACGUGGGUCGUGUAGUGACGGUAGGAAAUGACACGAAGCUGGACAUGUGGUCUGGCAGUCCUUGCAACGAUUUUCGUGGCACGGAUGGAACUAUCUUCCCACCGUUUCUCAACAAGGAGACAGAAGUCUGGGUACAUUCCCUCGAUCUUUGUCGUAGUAUCGGCGCUUACUACGUCGAACCAGGGAAGGUCAAAGGUUUCAAGACGCUGCACUACUCGGCGGAUUUGAGCGAUCCAUCUAAAGAUGAGGAUACAAGGUGCCUCUGUCUCGAGUCCGAAGGAUGCAUGCCUAAGAAUAUAUACAACGCAGGUCCCUGUAGCAGAGUGCCAUUCAGGAUAAGUCUACCUCAUUUUUACGAUUCCGAUCCACGAUAUCUUGAGAUGAUCGAGGGUGUAAAUCCCGACCCUGAGAAGCACCGGAUGACGUUCAACUUUGAACCAAUGACAGGCACCCCGAUAAAAGCGUACAAAAAGAUUCAGUUCAACGUGCAAGUUGGACCCAUCCCCAAACUUCGUUUGAUGAAAUCCUUCCCGGAAGCGAUGUUUCCAAUAUUUUGGGUAGAGGAUGGCAUCGAGCUUGGAAAUAUCCUCAUCAAACCGCUGAAACUCGCGUACACACAGAUCUUAAUCGCGAAGAUAGCGAUGUGGCUCAUGAUCCUAGGUGGUCUGGGCAUGAUUGUCGCCAGCAUUGUGAGAUAUUACAAAGAAAAGGAUGCAGAAAACGCCGCGAUACCAGAUCUUGUACCGGAUAAGGAGCAGAGCAACUUACCGCAAGAGAAGGUGACUGUCAGUACUAUACAAGCUGCAUUGCGACGAGGGCAGACGUAUGUGCGAUUAUCAAACCCUCGCGCGUCAUUAUCAAACGUAAUAAUGGUCACUAAGCGACGCGCGUAUGACAUCGCCGUUCGUGAGCUUCGGAGAACGUACGGGGUCUUAAAACGUUCGAAGUUGCUGUACGCGUUCCCGCUCGGCAGGGCGCUUGACAAAGUGCUCUGCGUUCUCGAAGGAUACAAUAAGAGCGUUAAAAUGAUAUCUAUAAAGAAGCUCGGAAUUGGUGGUGGAGUUUCGUUUGUCUUCGGUAUUUUACUAUGGUGCGGGUUUCCAGGACUGAUUAGGUCGCAGAUUAAGAAGCAAAUCGCGCUGAAACCAGGAAACGAGAUACGUGACAUGUGGUCGAACUUCCCGCUACCACUGGACUUCAAGAUCUACAUGUUCAAUAUAACCAACCCCGAUGAAAUUAAGGCUGGUCAAAAACCGAAGGUGCAAGAAGUCGGGCCGUUCUUCUACGAUGAGUACAAAGUGAAGUUUGACCUCGUCGAUCGGGAGGACGAGGACUCGGUCGAAUACAGCAUGAGGUCAACGUGGAUUUUCAACCCCAAGAAGAGCAACGGAUUGACGGGGGAGGAGAUAAUGGUGUAUCCCCACCUCAUGAUACUGGGCAUGGUGGGUGCCACCCUUCUGGACAAGCCCGCCGCGAUCGGGGUGGUCGGCAAAGCCGUCGACAGCAUCUUCCACAAACCGGAUUCGAUAUUCGUGACGGCCAAGGCCAAGGAUAUACUUUUCGGCGGUCUGCCAGUUGAUUGCACUGUGACAGACUUCGCCGGGUCGGCAGUGUGCAACGUAUUGAAGACGGAAGCGAAGGAUUUGGUGCCGGACGGUGAAAAUCGCUACCUAUUCUCCCUCUUCGGCGGGAAAAACGGCACCGCCGUGCCGGAACGCAUGAAAGUUCUGCGCGGUGUUAGAAAUUUCAAGGACGUCGGACGUGUCUUGGAAUUCGACCAUAAACCUGCAUUGGACAUCUGGCCGGAGGAUCACUGCAACGCUUUCAACGGUACCGACUCGACGAUCUUCCCACCUCUGUUCGGACCGGACGAUGACAUCGUCUCCUUCGGCUUUGAAAUCUGCCGAAGCCUCAGCGCGCAUUUCAAGUUCCACAGCAAAGUCAAAGGCGUCAAAACUCUUCAUUACACCGCGGAUCUGGGAGACAUGAGUACGAAUCCUAGGGAAAAGUGCUUCUGCCCGACGCCGGAGACUUGUCUACCAAGAAAUUUCUACGACAUGACGAAAUGUCUGGGCGUACCCAUCAUUGGAUCCCUGCCGCAUUUUUACGAUACAGACGGGAAAUAUUUACAGAUGGUGGACGGUUUGCACCCAAAUGAGGAGGAUCACCAGAUCGACAUGGAUUUCGAGCCGAUGACGGCCACGCCGAUACGCGCGCACAAGCGGCUGCAGUUCAACAUGUUCAUACAACCGGUACCGAAGUUCAAACUGAUGAAGACCUUUCCGGAGGCGUUGCUGCCUCUGUUCUGGGUGGAGGAAGGAAUACUUCUCGACGACGAGUUCGUUAACAAGGUGAAGGUGGUGUUCAAAGUGACGGCGGUCGUCAACUUUUUGAAGUGGGUAAUGAUACUUGGAGGAAUAGGCAUGGGCGGCGCGGCCGGUUUCUUACACUACAAGAAUCGCGACAGCGGCAAGCUCGACGUCACUAAGGUCACCCCGAAGACCGCCGGCGACGAGAAGCCGGAAAAGAGCUGGCCACCUGGCAUGAACAUCAGCACGAUACAAGCGGCGUCGGUGCCUUCUAAUCUCGAUAGAAAUUGAACGUUAAUACGAAUUGAACGCGGAAAGCUAAUAUCAGUAUUAGGACUAUAUUCUGUAAAACUGCUCUGUAACGCUGUAACUCCAUAAACCGCGUGGCAAGGGAGAAAGGGCGAGAAGAGGAAAGAGCUGGGCAGCUACAGAGUUACAGAGCUUAUAGAGCGAAAAUCUCUUCUCACAGAAUACAGGGCUUAACGUCGCGAAAGUCUGUCCCUUCAGCCCCGGAUUUCCCUUCUUUCAUUCAAAUCAUUUUUAAUGUAUAUAAUUUUCUUCGAUAUGACGAAAAGUACUUAAAAGGACAAGAUUAACGAACCGCCCCUUCUUUCGUGGUAGGAAAAAGGGAUUUCGGCGUUAAGCGAUCAAACGGGCUGAAGGGGCUGAAACUAUAUGUCGUAAACAUAAUGCAUCUGGAACUGAUAUUUCAAUCCAGCGGUCUACCGAACGAUAGAUCAAUCUAUUUUUCUUUAAAAAUCAAACUCGCGUGUGUAUAGAUAAGGAUACAGGAUAUAGAUAAGUCUCAAUGCCUCGUGUGUAACAUACUUAAAAUUUAAUUACUUAAUUACCUCGUCGUAAGAAUGCUACAAAAAGCUUUCAUUUUCUAAUGCACUUGUGAUGUACAGUACGAAUCGGCGGUCCUUAGUCUUCGCGACUUGCGAUCGAAAUAUCGAUCGUGCGAGAUAUUCAAGAAUUUUUACAAGUAAACUCUCACGAGAAUAUAUAAAACGCGUUUUAACGCCGGGCCUUGGUUUUUAAUAGCGAUUUUCAAAGAUUCAGAAGACUAAGGAUCGUCGACGGAAGGUCUGCACGAAGUUACGGAUACUCUUAACGAAGAGAGAUUUAGAUUUAGAGAUUUUGAUUAUCUUCUAAUAGAUUAGAUAUAAAAAAAAACUAGUAAUAAUUACCAUCGUCCGACUACACGUAAAGCAAGUAAAAGUGGCGAAUGCCAUCGAAGAAGUAUAAAUUUUCCAAUGUAUAAUCUAAUUUUGUUGAAAUAAAUGAAAUCGUUUUUAAUCUA